GGACAAAACUAUUGGCUAGAUGUUUUUUGUCAAUGUUAAUAAAAACGUGGCUUCUCUCAGGUGCAACCAGUCCAAAGAAAACUACAACUACCACUAGGCGUCUACUCACAACACGUGUCUGCGUUUCGAGUGCUAAACUGACUUAAUUGAAUCUAGUUCUCAAAUGUGUCUCCACCUUUCCUCAAAGGGACUUCAUUACCCAUGAGCACCCACGUGUAUCACGCAGUAAGGUAGUCGUCAACGAAACCAUGGAAACGGUUCAGUAGCUGCAGGGACGGUAGCACGCAGACGAACUCUCCUCCUGUCAUUGUGUCGGUGGCUCGGUGUCGACGGUUUAAUUGAGCAACAUUAGCGGGCUAAUUUAGCUAGGUUAGGUUAACGUAUUCUUCGAGCAGCAUCGGUGUCUUUAGGUUUCCAGAAGCCGGAACUGAGGAUGCUGGAGUCAAUUAAAGUAACAGAAAGACUCCACUGGCCAGAAGUAGAAAUGUCCAAAAAGUACAUCUUAAAUUCUGCUGACAAGCCACUGAGUCCAAGCCAGGUGUACAUGGAGAAGAUUUCCUCCAGUGUCCUCAAAGACCUCUUCAGCACUGGCACCAGCAGCUUCAACGUCCUGCUGCAAGCUGAGGAGAAGAAGAAUCCGAAGCAGUCCCCGUACAAGAGGCCAAAAACCUCAGUGAAAUGUGGCACCACAUCUAGUAGAAGGAACCGUCCGGUCAUGGCUCCUAAAAAGCUGCGUGCCCCCGAAAGUGUCUGUAAACCUGCACAGACAAAUCGUGUUCUCUCAGGCAACUCCAAUCACUCUAAACCAGCGAGGAACAUCGCAGUCGUGGGCAGCACCAUGGGCCUCACCCCUCGUGCGGUUCCACAGCUGAGAAAAACGUGCACCCCCAAUUCCCCCCGCACGAAGCUUCCCUUGUUGCACAAAGCAGCAAUCACGCGGGUAGUGGAAAACGCCAAGAAGCUCUGCAUCCUUACAGCCAUUAAGCCGUCCAAUGUUCAGAAAGAGAAGGCCGCGUUUUUCAAGUCUGACUUCAACUAUAAUCCACAGUUCGAGUACGGCAACCCGGUCGCCCCAGUUGUUCUGGCACGGCAUAACAAUGCCUCAGACCGCUUCCUGACACAGGCCGUGCGCAUCAUGGAGCUGGCCCUGCAGCGAUAUGGCAGCUAUGAGAAGUUUGAGCAGGCCACCGGCGGCCACCUCCUCACCAAGAGUCGCGUCUGGCACAACAUCAAGAAAUACAUGGAGAAGGAAGGCUGCCUGGGGGAGAUCGUAGCCCAGGUGACGGACGACCUCCUGUCCCGAGCCUCCAUGACGGUGGUGAACAGCAGACCCACACUGACCAUCAACAUCUCCACCGCCCGAGAGCACUGGCUCGAAGGCAUGCUGCGGCAUGAGAUCGGCACACAUUAUUUCCGUGGCAUCAACAACUGCCACCAGCCGUGGAGCAGCGGCGUGGGCAGGAAGAAGCACAACCUGAAGCCUCUGAACCCCACGGAGGAGGGCCUGGCCAGCAUCCACAGUGUCCUGUUCAGGAAGGACCCCACGCUGUGGCGCGCCGCCCUGCUCUACUACACCGUCUACCAGGCCGGCCACAUGUCCUUCUCUCAGCUCUUCCACGAUCUGGGGCGCUUCGUCCAGGACCCCAACACCCGCUGGGACUACUGCGUCCGAGCCAAGAGGGGCCAGACCGACACAGCACAGCCAGGGUGCUUCAGUAAAGACCAGGUCUACCUGGAUGGUAUCCUGCAGAUCCUGAGAUACAGAGACAAGAUCAACUUCCCACUGCUGAUGGCUCUCGGAAAGGUGUCGUUUGAAGACGUGGACCGUCUGAAAGCACUGGCUCAGAUGGACAACGUCCGCAUCCCGCACUUCAUGCAGGACCAGGCAAGGUACGCCGAGCAGCUGGAGAAAAUCAUGUCGGUCAACCAGCUGACCGACGAGGAGCUCAAGGCCAUCGUCUGAGCCAGCUGUAGAGUUAGAUGGACACGUUAGUGGAAUAAUCGAUUUAUAGAGAAUCGUUUCGGUGUGUUGUGAUUAGGGAUGGAAGUAGUUUAUUGUUUAUACCAGUGCCAAUACAAUGCCUGAAUUGAUGAUCAAUACAUUCAUUCAUUCAUUAAUUACAAGCACUUGAUGCCAACCUUUUUUAUUUUUUUUUAUUUUACUUGUUAGCAUCUGAUACCCAUUCUUUGGUUUGGGAGGUUUUCAUAAAUAUCUCGCCCAGAGCUUGUUUUAAUAUUAUGACCGAAUUUAGAGCCUGACUUAAAGAAGACUUAAAAAUCCUUUUUUUCUUUUACACAAACGCAUCACAUGAACAAACACAUUUUGAUAAGGAUCCCCUUAAAUGUCUGAUAGUUUCAUAUAUUUUACAGCUGAAUAAUACGCCCGUCAGUGCUUUUUGAUGGACAAACUAUGUAACGGUGAUUUCCAAUUGAUUUCAAACGCAUCUGAGGGAGUCUUGUCCUACUUUGUGAAAUGCACUUUGACCCCAUUGCGUAACCUGUUGCCCAUGAGUGAACCAAAUGGGGAUCCUAUCGUAUAAGUAUAAUCAUCAAAAUCAUCUGAGAUAGAUGUGUGCAAACAUGUUGGUAUUACCACAGGAUGGAACAUCUGGGUGAAGGUAAAGCUCACUGCUGCUGCCUUUCACCAACGUUAGCUUGUUACUCAGCGAGGUCACGGGGUCACGGGGUCACGGGGUGUGCAUGAGCACAUGAACAGUGACGGCUGUGACCCGACCGUCAGACUCUUAUCAAGAUGCUGCCCGGCGAUUACGAACCAGACAAUUACGACUUUCUGUGACACUUCUUGAACGCUUAUUUUCUUGUGGACUUGUGCAUGAAUAUGUUUAGCUUGAAGCAUCAAACACGCAUUGAUCUCGUUCUAAUUUAAAGUAUGUGUCGUUCUCUCAUGCACCUGUGAUCUAAGUGUACUUACCUUGUGUUUUAUAUCUGUCUCUUUUCUUGCACUUUUUUUUAAUCCUCUUGCUACCACUUAGGGUUCACUAUUUUUGUAGUUCUGAAGUUGGGCAUUAAAAGAAGAGAGUUGUGGCUCGACAGAAAGGUGGUGAAAGCAGGAUGGUUCACAGCAGCUCUGUCUUUCUAGAGAGAAAUGGACCGAUAACGUGAUGAAGUGCUUCAUCGGCGUUGUCACACAACAGGCCUGCUAAUUACAGCGGAGCAUUGUCGGCAUUGUUCUACAUUUUUGCUGAAAAGAAAAUGUCCCUGAAAUGUGAAAGUCACGUGUACAGCUGCGUAUGUCGAAGGUGAGGGGGUCCCAGUGCACUGACCCUGAAGCCCUGUUUGACUAUUUGCACUUUGUUACCUUCGAUCUACCUUUUCACCUGCACUGAUAUGGGCAGUUACUGUGUCGGUGUCAUAGACGGCACAGAAGAAGUGGGCGUCGUCACCGUGAUGUCACUCAUUGGCUUGUGGACUGUUUGUCAUUUUGGCCGUCGCCAUCUUUGUGUUUUGGGGCCAGUAGCGACCUGUCAAUCACAAAGUAGCCCCGCCCUAAAGUAUAACCUGCUUUAUCGCCUGUUAAAUGGUAUGAAACCAUGCUGUAUUGAAAAAGCAAUUGAGACCAUAAACUCAUGUUUACAAUGUUUACUGAGGCAAUAAAUCAAGUGAGAAGUAAAAUAAUGUUCUCAUACUAACAAACUUAAUUUUACAUCACAUUUGAAAGAAUACAAGUUUGAGACUCGGAGGCUACGCCCACUUCUUUUAUGCGGUCUCAUUGGUGUCAUUUAUGAUAUAUUUAUGUUUUACAAAACUAAACUAAAGCCUCGUAGUUCGACUGUGAUGAGUCUUUGUGUCGUUGUCAGGAAUGACCUAAUAUCGAGAGCAUGUGUGCUCCUCUUCCCCUUAAACAGUACAGUUUAAUUACACGGCUUUCCUCUGUAAUGUUUUCUAUUUGAGUGACUUGUUUGUGAUAUUCAUAGAUAACAUCUUAAAAUAAAGUGGACUACCUG